AUGAAAUACCUUUUCUGGACAGCUGAUGCCAUAUCAUAUAAUGGAUAUAAGGUCUUGAGAGUAAACGCGCAUGGGCAUCCAUCUACUAUUAAGGGAAAACUCUCUGGCAUAUCUUACGAGCAAUGGAAUGAUGAUAUUUACAAACAUAUCGAUAUUAUAGUACCGCCCGAUCAGGUUUCCGCGUUUGAAGCACUUGGACUUGACUACCAAGUCAUGCAUGAUGAUCUAGGGGCUUCAAUUAGCGCAGAGUCCAUCUCAGGACGUGUUCAGGGCGGGAGAAGGCAAACCGGGGAUUUGUCAUGGUUUGAUUCGUACCACGCCUACGAUGACCAUAUCCAAUAUUUUAAGGAUCUCCAAGCCUCAUUUCCAAACAAUUCGGAGGUGAUAUCCUCUGGCACUUCAUACGAAGGGCGAGAUCUUUACGGACUCCAUCUAUGGGGCGCGAAUGGGUCUGGAAAGCCGGCAGUGCUGUAUCAUGGUAAUGUGCAUGCCAGGGAAUGGAUUACUUCACCAGUUAUCGAAUACAUUACCUUGCAACUAGUCACGGGCUAUCUCGGCAGCGAUGAUCUUGUUCGAUCUUUUCUGGAUAAUUACGAUUUCUACAUUAUUCCAAUAGUGAAUCCUGACGGGUUCGUGUAUUCUCAAACAACCGAUCGCCUCUGGCGCAAGAACCGGCAACCUCCCCCAUCCACCGGCAACCAAUCCUGCAUCGGCCGCGACAUCAACCGCAACUGGUCCUUCGCCUGGGACUCGAACCCCCUCGGCGCCUCCACGAACCCGUGCUCCCAAGCCUACAAAGGCGAGGCCCCCUCCGACACACCCGAGAAUCAAGGCCUCGACAAGCUCGUGCGCCAGCUCCGCGACAGCACCGGCAUCAAGCUGUUCAUCGACUGGCACAGCUACGGGCAGUACAUCCUCUCGCCGUUCGGCUACAAGGAGACGCUGUACGCGCCCGAGCUGGGGAAGUGGACGAAGGCCGCGGCGCUCGUCAGCGAGGCGGUCCGCGGCAGCGCGGAGGCGCAGACGACGUUCACGUUUGGGCCCAGCGGCGCGGUGCUCUACCCCACGACGGGAGCCGCGCCCGAUCAUGUGUAUAGUGUGGGCGGCGCGGAGUUCGCGUAUACGAUUGAGCUGAGGGAUACGGGGAGGUUUGGCUUUGUGCUCCCGCCCGAGCUGAUUAGACCGACGGCCGAGGAGCAGUGGGAGGGCCAGAAGGUGCUGCUGAGCUUGUUGGAUGAGGAUUUUUUUGAUGGGGAGGGGCAGGCUUAA